AUGUCUGUCAACGUCCCAUUACUCGCCUUCAACGACGUCUACCGCGUGGCCCAACGAUGGGUAGCGCAGCCCGGUUCGCCAGAGGACCCAGCAGCGGCUGAGGGCGCGGAGAUCACUGUGGGCCAGUACGCAGAGCUCAUCUACGAGCUGCGCGACAAGUGGAACACGCAGUCGGACGGCAAGACCAAAGAUGGACUGGUCCUGUUCGCUGGCGACGUGUUCAGCCCCUCGGUCGAGAGCAGCGUCACGCGCGGCAGUCACAUGGUGCCCGUGUUGAAUGCCCUCAAGGUCGACUGUUCCGUCACAGGCAACCACGAUUUCGACUUUGGUUAUCCACACAUGACAAAGCUCAUAGGAGCGACGCACUUUCCAUGGCUCCUCAGUAACGUCAUUGACGCGGACACGGGCAAGACGCCUGUGCCGCUGCAAAAGUACUGGGUGACGGAGCGGUGCGGUGUGCGGAUUGGUGUUAUUGGACUUGUGGAAGAAGACUGGAUCGCGACCAUUCCCAGUUGGCCAGAGAACUUCCGCUACAGGCAGAUGAAGGAGGUCGGCAUCGAGCUGUCCAAGGAGCUGCGUGACCCACAGGGACCCCACCGCGUCGACAUUAUCAUUGCCCUCACCCACUGCCGUAUCCCCAACGAUAUUCGACUCUGCAACGAGCUCGGCGCCGUGUCGGACCGACCUGGUGUGGAGAAUGAGCACGGCGUGGAUCUUCUUAUUGGUGGUCAUGAUCACGUUUACUACGGAGCACAGUCGUGGGAUGGCUACACCGGCCAAGGAAAGGCUGGCACUGAGCAGGACAAGGGUUGCCGCCUUAUCAAGAGUGGCACCGACUUCCGCGACCUGUCCUCUGCCAACCUGGAACUGUCUCCCCCGAACCCCAACGCCAUCCGCCGGCGUACCAUUGCCACCUUGACGGGUAAACACCACUACGUCAUCCCCUCGUCCCCAACCUGCCCCGAGGUCGACCAUCUCGUCGAGAGCCUGCUGGCGACCGUCAACAAGACUCUCAAGCACCCCGUCUGCUACACCCUUCUCCCCCUCGACGCGCGUUCCGAGCUGGUGCGCACUCGCGAGAGCGGGCUGGGCGACUGGGUUGCCGACGUGCUCUUGCAUGCGUAUGACGAGAGCUUGAUCGAGGGCAACAAUGUCGAGUUUGAAAAGGAAAAGGACGGUGCGGCUGCAUCCAACGAGGGCGGCUGUGGUGCGGACGCCGUCAUCCUGUGUGGCGGUACUCUGCGCGGCGACUCACGCUACGGUCCUGGUACUGUCACCUUGGGCGACAUUCUCGAGAUUUUCCCCUUUGACGACGCGGUCGUGUGUCUCGAGAUUGAUGGCAAGGGUAUCUGGGACACAAUGGAGAGUGCUCUCAGCCGCUGGCCCGCUCAAGAGGGCCGAUUCCCCGUCGUGUCCGGCAUGGCUGUUGAGUGGGACCACCGCAAGCCGCCUGGCCAGAGGGUCAACUCGAUCCACCUCACUGUCCAGCAGUGCGAGCACCUUGAGGAUCCUUCGCCCGACAUGGUCCAGUUUGCCGACGGCCCAGACGGGACACGUAUCGAGGUCCAGAAGUCGUCCCUCAUCCUCGGAGAGGAGAUUAAGAACGAGCAAGGAGGAAGGACAUACCGUAUCAUCACUCGCGAAUACAUGGCGGAAGGGUUUGACGGCUUUGAAGCCCUCAAGAAUCGCAAGUUUAUCAUUGACCACGAGAACGGCCAGACGAUGAGCAGCAUCAUUCGCUCGUUCCUCCUCGGCUCGUCGUACAUCUACAGGCACAAGCAACUCGUUGUCGCGCACCACGACUAUCUCUCAAGCAAGACGUUUGACGUCCUCAAGCGCGCGUAUGACCAGCACCAUUCACCCGUGUCCUCGGUCGUAUCGUCGCCAGCCAAGGCCCUCGUGGUCACGGACCCGCCUACCGUCGAGAUCCAUGUGGAGACCGAAUCGACCUCGGUCGAGCUCUCCCAGACUGGCGAUGCCUGGGCCGCGCUGCGCCGGCACAUUGUCCACCACGACUGGGUCAGUAUUCGCGACGCACUCCAUGUGGCCAAGCACGAGCACAUGGCCGACGUUGACCCGUGCGAGGGCGACAAGUUGAGGCACUUGGGCAGCCGCGCACCCUCGGCAGUCCCCAGCCGUUCAGCGACGCCCACGCCGAUCAGCACGGCGCCGACGAGCACACUGGCCAGCACGCUGGCGAGCGAACGGCCAAGCAGGACUGCCACGCCGUCCCUCAACACAAUCGGACUAGACAACAAGCGCCGCGCAGAGCUCAAGGCGCUAGACGAGAAUGUGGCCAUUAUCUGUCCCCUCGUGGAUGGACGUAUGCGCGAUAUCGCUGAGCCCGACCACCCGGACUGGUAG